UGGCCGAGACAAGUCGAGCAACAGGAUUUAAAAGCUGCGUCACAAAGUGCCCAAGUAGAUUCCACGACGACGAACGGAAGAAGCGCAAGCCGAGCAGCAGCAGCAGCAGAAGAAAAAUAGAAUAGAAGCAGCGGCCAAAAUGUCGGUGACGGUGAAGGCUUACCUGCUGGGCAAAGAGGAGUCGGUUCGGGAGAUUCGCCGCUUCCUGGUGGAGCAAGACGCGGUCGGAAGCUUCGAACAUCUGUGCGACAAAACUUGUCAGAUAUUCUCCGGACUCAAGAAGACCGCCUUCAACAUGUACUACAAAGACUGCGAAGGGGACCUGGUGGCCUUCUCGUCGGAUGACGAGCUCGCCAUGGGCGUGGCCUGCAUGAAGGAUGACGUCUUCCGGGUUUUCAUCAAAGAGAAGAGAGAGCACCGUCGUGACUUCCCGGUUCAGGCCUUUCCCCCGAAUGCGUUUGCGACGGCGGCGGCCCCUCCCCCACCCCUGGGCGGCGUGCACCCCAACGUGACGUGCGACGGUUGCGAAGGUCCGGUAGCGGGCGUGCGCUUCAAGUGCAGCGUGUGUCCCGACUACGACCUUUGCUCGGCUUGCCAGGUCCAAGGGAAGCACACCGAGCACCCCCUGCUGCCAAUCUGGCACCCCCUGCAGGCGCUGUUCCCGCGGGGAAAGCUGAUGAAGAAGAUGCGGCACUGCGGCAGGAGCCAGAAGUGUGCCAGAGGCGGCGCCCCCGCUGCAGGCCUCAGCUUCCUGAAGAACGUCGGUGAGGGCGUGGCAGCCAUGCUGAGCCCGCUAGGCAUCGACGUUGACAUUGACGUGGAGCACCAGGGCCAGAGGACCAAGGUGACCAGUCAGGAUGAAGGAGAGGCGGAGGUGUGCGGAGCUGAGGGCGACGCUCAGCCCAGAAAGGCUUCAGCCGCUGCCGCCGCAGACUUGGAUGAAGAGUGGACCCACGUCACCUGCAAGGAGGUGGACCCGUCCAGCGGCGAACUGCAAUCGUUGCUGCAGGAGGACAAGCCGGAUCUGGACGGGGACCAGAACCUCAAGGGAGACCAGAACCUCAAGGGGGACGUGAACCGCGACGCUCCUGCCGAGAUCCAGAAGGCUCCUUCGGGCUUGAAGGCGGCAGCUCUGUACCCUCACCUUCCUCCGGAGGCGGACCCCCGCCUGGUCGAGUCUCUGAGUCACAUGUUGUCCAUGGGCUUCACCGACGAGGGCGGCUGGCUGACCCGCCUCUUGCAGGCCAAAGAUUUUGACAUCGGCGCCGCCCUGGACGCCAUCCAGUAUGCCAAGAAGCCCCGCCCCCAACCGCACUGAUGCCAGCGCUUCGUCUCAUAGCACACUUGUACGCGUCACAGCGCAUGCGACGGCGUCAGAUGAAAAGCAGUCAUCGCUAAUAGGCCGGUCGCUACACUCUGUCAUCACGAUAUUUGCUUGAUACUCAAUAAAGACGCUUUGCUCGGCUUGAA